CGCUCGAUCCGUCCCGCGGAGCACCGAUCGCGCUUUGAUUCCCGGCCGUUUUGUUGGAGGCCAAGCGGAGGGGAGGGGGGCGAAGCGAGCAAGGAAGUAGCCUGGAGGUGGGGUGAGAUGGGGAAGCAGAGGAACCAAGAUUGAUCCAGUGAAACUGAGGAAACUUGGGCCAGCGUUUAAGAAGAAUGGGCCUGUAACUGCUGGCACUUCUUCUACUGCAAGCACUCUACAGUGAUGGUGCUGCUGCAAUUGCACUAGUCAAUGGGGUGAAAGCUAAGAACCUUGGCCUUCAAGUUAUUGCAAGGAUAAAAUUUGAGCUGAAGGUCUCAAGAUUCACAAAUAGCCUCAUUCUAGUGGAUACGAUCAAGAAAGCGACAGUUUGGUCACACUUGGAUCCGGCCACAAAAUGACUGUAAUAGAUUUCAUAGAUCUGAGUGAUCAUGAUAUUAUUGACUUGAGCAGCAGCGAUGACGAGACUGUUCAGGAGGAUCAUAUUGCAACUCAGCACCGGGCGGCGUCGCUUGAUAGGCAGACUAUGCAUGUCGUAGCUGGUGAAGGAAUCCAAGAUGUGCAGGCUGUGUUUGUUGCAGCUAGUGAAGGAAGGCAAGAUCUGCAGGUUGUGUUUGCUGCCGCUAGUGAAGGAAGACAAGAGUCUGCUGAUUGCAGACAUGCUUUGGAAGCCACCACAUCGUCCUUGGUUACGGAAAAAGAACCUCUUCUUGUAGCUAGUGAAGGAAGCCAAGAUGUGCAAGUUGUGCUUGUUGCAGCUCGUGAAGGAAGCCAAGAUGUGCAGGCUGCUAGUGAAGGAAGCCAAGAUGUGAAGGUUGUGCUUGUUGCAGCUACUGAAGGAAGUCAAGAAGCUGCUGACUCUGGAAAUGGUUUGGAAGCUACAGCGUCGCCUUUGGUUACUGAAAAAGCACCUCUUGAUAUGGCUGAAUCGCACAACUGUCCUCGCACUCCCACAUCAGCGCCAUUCCCCAUUCUGAAGGCUCCGACCUUUGAAGGUGGCGAUGCAAAGAUGGUAAGAGGGAAGGUGAAGCGUCCCAGGAAGAACUACCACACCGGUACUCCUAGGACAAGUCCUAGGUUUGAACUGAAGCCUGAAUGUCGGAACGGGCCUCUGGAAGAGCUGCCAGCCGAGGCACUGACCUCUGAAGGUGGCGACGCGGAGCUGGUGAGAGAGAAGAUGCAACAUCCUGGGAAGGAUUACCAUACCGGCACUCCUGGGACAAGUCCUAGGUUUGAACCGAAGCGUGAAUGUCAUAACGGGUCUGUGGAAGAGCUGCCAGCCGAGGCUCUGACCUCUGAAGGUGGCGAUGCGGAGUUGGUGAGAGGGAAGGUGAAACGUCCUAAGAAGAACUACCAUACCGGCACUCCUCGGACAAGUCCUAGGUUUGAACCAAAGCAUGAAUAUCAUAACGGGCCUGUGGAAGAGCUGCCGGCCGAGGCACGGACCUCUGAAGUUGGCGACGCGGAGCUGGUGAGAGGGAAGCUGAAACAUCCUAGGAAGAACUACCCUGCUGGCACUCCUAGGACAAGUCCUAGGUUUGAGCCGAAGCGUGAAUGUCAUAACGGGUCUGCGGAAGAAAUGCCAGCCAAGGUUCUGACCUCUGAAGGUGGUGAUGCUGAGCUGGUGAGAGGGGAAGUGAAACAUUCUAGGAAGAACUACCAUACCGGCACUCCUCGGACAAGUCCUAGGUUUGAAACAAAGCGUGAAUGUCGUAACGGGCCUGUGGAAGAGCUGCCAGCUGAGGCUCUGACCUCUGAUGGUGCUGAUGCAGAGCUGGUGAGGGGCAAGGUGAAACAUGCUAGGAAGGACUACCAUACUGGCAUUCCUAGGACAAGUCCUAGGUUUCAACUGAAGCAUGAACGUCGCAAGGGGCCCGUGGAAGAACCGGCAGCCAAUCACAAGAGGUUCCGCACACUAGAAGAAUUAAUUGCCUCUCCUGACAAUGCAGAAUCUGCGAAGGCCCCGUCUACUGACUCUCUGAACUAAGUGUGGCCGGAGCUCACGUUGCCCCAUGUGCUGUGAAGGCUGAACAACAUCAGUAGUACUUGAAGAAUGCUGUUCCUUGGGAGUUGAGAAACAACAUCAGGCUGCAAGCUGAGAUGCAAGUGUGCACUAAUCAUGUAACCAACCAGCAAUAGGUUGAAAAUUGUGAGCAACUGCUGUGUGAAAUUUGUGAAAAACUCUGUUUUUUAUUUGGAGGCUGGAACUAUAUUUAGUUGUGUUCACAGGGGAA